UAAAUGAAAACGUUCGAAAUUUAAAAAUAAAGUAAUAAUUAUACGCAAAAAUUAAAUUUAUUUACUUGACAAAAAAAAUGUUUGUUUUUAUGCUCUCAUUAUGUAUUAACUAUCAAUAUUGUGAAGCAUUCUCAAAUAUUGCAGUUAGUUCAUAUCUAAAUGAAAACAUACAAAUAGCUUUUAUUGGAUGGUCAAAAAUAUCAUCUUGGUCUGUUUCAGCUGGGUUUGGUCACUUUACUUCAUCAAGCAUAUUCAAUACAUCAGAUUUUAAAGUAUCACAAUCUGGGAUAUACCAAGUGUUUACUACAAUAACUUUUUCUGGUGCUCAAAAUGGUGUUUUUAAAGUAGCAUUAGUUAGUAAUAAUGACUUAGUUAACAGUCACCCUGGCCUUUCCAGCUCUUUUCAAGAUUCAGUUGGAUACAAAAGUUUAUCAGUAUAUGGAACAACUCGCUUGUUCUCUGGUGAUGUUGUAUCAGUUUAUGUAUUUUCUGAGUUAGACCAAAGUUGGAUAAUUCGGGGAGGUUCUGAAUCAACAUUUUGUAUACAAUUUGUUAGCUUUUACAACCAAGCUCCUGGUUUUUCUUCAUAUUUGACUCAAGAAUAUUACAUAGAAAACAAUGAUUGGAAUAGUAUUUUAAAAUGGAAUGCUAAAGAUAAGCCUGGCUUGUUUAAGAGCAGAACUGGGUUUUCUCAAGAUGUUGGAAACUUUGUAUCUAUUUGUGAUGGUAUUUAUCAGUUUUCAGCAAAUAUUCUAAUUUCUGCUUCUAAGAGUGGUCAUUAUGAUAUUGGUAUUCUAUUAAAUGGGGUACCAGAUGGUAGCAUUACUGGAGCUGAUAUUGGGUCAGAUCCACAGAGUUUGUUAUUUUCUCUUAGUAUGUCUAUAUCAUUAAAGUUAAGUAUCGGAGAUUCAGUGGUCAUCGUAAGCAGAGGCACAGAGAGCUAUAUUGUUAAAAUGCAAAGUGGCUUUUUUGGAAUAUUGGUAAAUGAAGGUGAAUCAACACCAGGAAUUUCAAGUAUACUUACAGCGCCAAUUGUUGAUUAUGGAGGAUCAUGGUUGACCAUUCCUAUACCAAUUCCGACAUCUGGUUAUGGACAAUUUCAAACGCUUAGCAACAGUGUAAAAAGUAAUGGAAGGUGAGUUGUCAUAAAAUCUUA